AUGGGCCACUCCCAGGUGGUAGGCCUGAUCACAGACAACGACAAGACACCCUAUAAGGAGGUGGUCAGAGACCUGGCCGUGUGGUGCCAGGAUAACAACAUCUCCCUCAGCAUGACCAAGACAAAUGAGAUGAUUGUGGACUACAGGAAAAGGAGGACUGAGCACGCCCCCAUUCUCACUGACGGGGCUGUUGUGGAGCAGGUUGAGAGCUUUAGGUAUUUCCAUGCCAUCUACCUGGGCAUCCGGAGCCGGCGCAGUGGGGACCAUGACCGCUGGAGGUUCUACUGGAGGAUGGUAUACGAGUUCGCUGACGUCAGCAUGCUGCACCUCCUGGCCACCUUCCUGGAGAGCGCUCCUCAGCUGGUCCUGCAGCUCUGCAUCAUCAUCCAGACUCACAAACUGCAGGCCGUCCAAGGAAUGACAGCGGCUGCCUCCCUUGUGUCUCUGGCCUGGGCUCUGGCAUCCUAUCAGAAAGCGCUACGAGACUCCCGGGACGACAAGAAGCCAAUCAGCUACCUGGCUGUCAUCAUCCAGUUCUGCUGGCAUUUCUUCACCAUCGCCGCCCGGGUCAUCACCUUUGCCCUGUUCGCCUCCGUGUUCCAGCUCUACUUCGGCAUCUUCAUCGUCCUGCAUUGGUGCUUCAUGACCUUCUGGAUAGUCCACUGCGAGACCGAGUUUUGCAUCACCAAGUGGGAGGAGAUUGUCUUCGACAUGGUAGUGGGCAUCAUCUACAUCUUCAGUUGGUUUAAUGUGAAGGAGGGUCGUACUCGGUGUCGGCUCUUCAUCUACUACUUUGUGAUCCUGCUGGAGAACACUGCUCUGAGUGCCCUGUGGUACCUGUACCGCGUCCCUCAGAGCACCGAUGCCUUCGCCGUACCCGCCCUCUGUGUCAUCUUCAGCAGCUUCCUCACUGGCAUCGUCUUCAUGCUCAUGUACUACGCCUUCUUUCACCCCAACGGGCCCCGCUUCGGACACUCGCCUAGCCUCGUGCUGGACGACCCCACCGCUGCCUUCAUGCUGCCCACCGAGGGGGCCACCAACUCGCUGAGGUCCAAUCGGGGUGUGCCCCUCAUCUCGGGGGAUGGCACCAUUGGCAGAGACGCCAAAUACACUGAGAGGGACGGCUGUAUGCCCGUGUUUCAGGUGAGACCCACCGCCCCCUCCACGCCAUCCUCCCGUGCCCCACGCAUUGAGGAGACAGUCAUCAAAAUAGACCUGUGUCGGAAUCGCUAUCCGGCCUGGGAGAGGCACGUACUGGACAGGAGUAUACGCAAGGCCAUCCUGGCCAUCGACUGUUCCCCCACGCCACCCAGACUCCAGUACAAAGAUGACACUACUGUUCAGGAGCGUCUAGAGUACGAGACCACGUUGUAGCCCUGCACCGCUGCCUGGAUGAAGGAUCCAUGGAAAUGCUCAACUGUAAUAAAGGAUUACCAUCAACUUGGAUUUACAGCAGGACUGUGGCAAUAAUACGUUAUGAACGCUCUCUAUAUACAUACUAGCGUUGAACCAUGAUGUUGGUUGUCAUGGUUACAACUUCAGAAUAGAGAAAGUUGCACACUCCAUGUAUAAUCUCCCAGCAAGUCAAUCGAUAUUUACCAAUGUUUUGGAAUCACUGUGAUUUCCUCAGGGGAAGGCACACUUCCUCACCCUGAGGAGGGCACAGUGAUGCCGAAACGUUGGUAAAUACCCAUUUAAAUUGCUGGGAGAUUAUACAUGGAGUGUGCAACUUUCUUUCUUUUAAUAGUUUAUAGUUUAUUCGCCAUUAGUCAGCACCUCCAUACAAACUAUUAUUCGGGGUGUGCGUGCACCAGCUGUGUUUUUUGUGUGUUUUUUUGUUUUUACAACUUCAGAAUAGGCACAACUUACUUGUUGAUGUGACAGAGGGAUAUAUUCAUGUUUUCUAAACAGUUUUUUUUAUUUAUUUUUUAUUUGGUUGAUGUUGUUGUUAUUGUUCUUGUAGUUUUUACUUACGUCUGUCAGGGAAUCUCUUAUUUAAUAAAAGGCCAUUGCACACACAAAUACAAAUGUAUCCCCAUAGUCUAUCAUAAUAACAGCAGCAUUCCAAUGAAUGACAUCAUGCCCCUUCAUAAUAGGUGGGUUAUGAAGGUUCAUAAUAGGUUAUAACAGGUCGUUAUGAAGGUUGUCUGAGCUCUGCCAACCAGGUGGAACCAAGCAGAGGACCAUACAAAUCCUCAUAUGACAAAAGUACCAAAGUACUCAAUAUAGGGUCAUUGCUGGUUCCUGUUUACCUACGGCAUCUCAAAUAUCUACAAUCAUCUCUACUACCACCAUCUUAGAUCUGCAAAGAUAUACUGUACAUUUACAGAUACUAGUAGUAUCCCCUGAUAUACAGUGGACGUGUUAUUGAUUUUUUUAAAAAGGUCAUCAAAUGGUCCUGAUACAUAUUAGGAUGGUUCUAGUUACAGUGGGGCAAAAAAGUAUUUAGUCAGCCACCAAUUGUGCAAGUUAUCCCACUUAAAAAGAUGAGAGAGGCCUCUAAUUUUCAUCAUAGGUACACUUCAACUAUGACAGACAAAAUGAGAGAGAAAAAAAUCCAGAAAAUCACAUUGUAGGAAUUUUAAUGAAUUUAUUGGCAAAUUAUGGUGGAAAAUAAGUAUUUGGUCAAUAACAAAAGUUUAUCUCAAUACUUUGUUAUAUACCCUUUGUUGGCAAUGACAGAGGUCAAACGUUUUCUGUAAGUCUUCACAAGGUUUUUCAAGGUGGCUGACUAAAUACUUUUUUGCCCCACUGUAUUUCUGUGAUGUAAUUAGCAACAUGACUAGAGAGUUGUCUGUCAUACUGUACACGUGUACUGGUCCCAAGUUCUGAUGUCAUCGGCCAUGUUGUGCUAGUGCCAAAAGGUCUGAAACUACUGUAUUGUGUGAACUGAGUCUGCGGGUCAGUAACUGGACAGUACUAGAUUGAGGCUGGGCAGAACUACUAUUUACUUGAAUACAAUGUUGAAGAAAGAGUACUGUACCCGGGUAUCAUGCUGUUUAUAUGCUACAUAAAACCGAAAUGUUCAUGUACUGUGGAGAGACUGAAGGACAAACCUCAUCUUUGUUCUCGCCUGGAUAAAAGGCAGCAGGCCAAAUACCUUCCUGGCAGCUCCCAUUUACAGUCCAGUCUCGUGCAGCUCUGGUCUGGGCUGCCGUGCGUCCAUCCGGCUGAUAAGGAUCAGUCUACUAGCUGGGCCACACAGACCUGUUCUGUAUGGGGAGGAGGAGAGGAGAGGAAGAGACGGGGACACAGACGAACAGCCACUUCAGCCAAACUACUCUCAUACCUGAAGCACCUGCAGGAUGUACUAUCAGAUUCAAGAUGCAACAUUCUUUUUAACGUUGUGCGUAACUGAUGUGAAAAUGUUAUUGCCAUCCGUGCGUGUUGGGGGGGGGGGGGUGUUUGUGUGUGUUUGUGUGUGUUUGUGUGUGUGUGUGUGUGUGUGUGUUGUGUGUGUUGUGUGUGUGUGUGUGUGUGUGCGUGUGUGCGUGUGUGCGUAAGAGAGACAAAGCAUGGCACAGGAGGGCAUGCGUAGAUGCUACAAUCAGUAGUCAUUUUGUCUGUAGCUAUAUAUUGUAGUGCAAGGAACUAGAGAUGUGCACUUCAGCCCUAUGGUGCAAAAUGCUGCUGUAGCCUAUACUCAACACAAGAUCAGUACCACACAGAGGAAUUCUAGGGCGUAUACCACUGAUAUCAUUGUAACUGUCAACACCCAACAUGAAUGGUGUCAAGAUGGUGUUUUGAGCAGGAAAAGAAAGUGUUUCACCUUUGUGCUCUGACUUAAGCCCCAGGCACUAUGACUGUGGAUGUGAUAUCUAAAAAAGAACAUUGUAUCUUUAAAUCUUGAAAAGGCGUCUGCACAAAAAUGAAAGUUUGUUCCUUCUUUUUCAGUUCUAGGUCACAAGUGCUUAUUUUUUUUAACGUCUUGUUCAUUUGAAGUAUGGAGAGAAGAGGGUGACAAAGAGGAGAGAAAAAAACAAACUGAAAACUUGUCAGUGGAAUUAAACAGAGCACAUUGACAGAAGGAAAUCGUGUCAUUCAAUGUGACAAUUUGAGGGGAAAAUCUCCUGAUUAGUUCAGUAAGACGUGCCAGUUGUGUUUGGCUAGAGCUAGAUUUUUUUAUCUCUUCUGAAUGGUAUAGAUAUAUUUUAGGUCAACUGUUUUUGUUGAAAUGUCUUAUUAUUUGUAGUAUUCAGAUAUAUUAGUAUGUGGGUAAUUCUUCAUUUGAACAUGGUUUACUUUGUUUUCACAUAAUUUGCCUUGUUGCCGCUCCAUCACACAAAUUGUCUUUGUUACAGUGUCUGUUCCAUUGUGUUCUGUGGUAUGUUUUAAUCAACUCCAUUAAAUAUUCAGAAGUGAAUUCUGCUACAAGUUCAAGAGACUCUCUAAAAAGGUAUUUUUUUUGGUAAUACAUGCAGAAGCACUUGGUAAAAUCAUGUCCACAGCUCUGUUUACUUCUGAGUUGGAUUCUGUGUGGAGCAGCAUUCAGUAAUUGAUGCAGCACUCCUUAUCAGAACAACUCUUAUCUGUUCUUUUUCUCUCGUUAACCGAUCUGUUUCCAGUUUCUUUUGAAAUGAGAUGCUUUGAUUUAUUUAGAAUGAAGACAGAAACCAAAUGGCCGCGGUGAAAAUGAGGGAAGCACAGGGUUCGAAAUGAGCUAAUUAUCAUUAAUGGCACAACACUGUGGCUUUUGUCACUCACUGUGGCAUGGAGGAUGGUGGUUAAAGAACAGGAUUCAGUAGUGUGAUGACGCACACACAACUUUGCAGAUUUUAUUAGAUUUUUGGACAAAAGGCUUCUUUCUAUACGCAGGACUAAACUAAUUGACUAAUUGGAUCAGCACAAACUCAUCACAUAAACAUUUUGUCUCAUUUUAACCCAAUUUAAAAACCAAAAUGCAACAAAUGGCCUCAAUGUUUUGUUGACUUUCCACUGCAAAUAUCAAUCAACGCUGAAUGUUGAACUGACAUCCGUGCCCAGUGGAUUUGGGAGAUUGGCUGCAUAUCCAGACCUAUAUUUGUCAUCAUUUGAUACAACAGAAUAUAUUUUAAUCAAUGGGGAGAGGUUCUUUAAUUCAGAGCACACUUUUUAAGUCAAUAAUUAUAAAGCCUUUGUACAUAUUUUGGGGAAGAAACAAAAAACAAGGCUACACUGCGAUUUAGGAUCUCUUAUUUAGGCCACUGAUGAUAAACUUAUGGAGGUAAAAUGAAUUUCUCAUCAUCAACUAGUGAAUUGUUGAAGGUCACUUGGCAAGGUUCCAUCUCCUCAUAAAUAAAACAUUUUGUAUAUAAUUCUCUUAAUGUCAACCUGCACGUCUCUCUUUCGCUGUGCUUCCCUUCACUCAAUCUGGGCCGUAUUAACAUGAGAUUUGAUCUUGUUUUGCUCAUAUCAUGUUGUUUGCUUUCAACUGCUGUUUUCAUUUUCUGUGGGGGUCCCAGUGUUGCUGAUUUAUUGUCGUCACUGCCUCAACUAGACUAAACUGAAGUCAUAUUUUGCAGAAUAUUGGUGUAGAUGUGUCCUCAUACAGCGCUAUCCACAUAGGCUUCCUCGGUAUCAAUGUAUAUUGAGAAUAAUUAACAGAUACGAACAACUGCUGUUAGUCCCAUCCACAUUAGCACCCAGUGGCCUCCCCUAUACAUCACCCCUAAAAAGACAAGACUUACAAUUUCACCUUUUCUAAAUGUUGUUCUAUUUUUAGGAAAUAGUAGGGUUGAGCUUAGUGUCAAAUAUGAAUAUGUGUCAGUGACUUUUAUAGGGUCAGAUGAGGUCAAAUGAGUCAUUAUCAGUACAUUGAAAGUACUUUUCCUGUUGUCACAACUGAGUGAGAGAAUUUAAUUUGGUCUUGUGGGUGAUAAUGAUGAAAUUAUUGUUACACCAUCUGUAAAACCCAUCUAUACAGAAACACUGAAACAUUUCAGGAUGGUGUCUUAUUCUUUUUCUUUUUGUUCGUUAGCACAUCCAGGGUUGAAUCUCAGACUACCAUUGUUCAUCAUCAUCAUCUCUGAAAUAGUGUGUAAAUUGUACAUAUACCUACCUCAACUUGGUUUCUGAACAGAAUACCCUCCUCUGACAUCAUUGAUACAUGAUAAUGUGUUGAUCUUCUUACCAAGAUCAUACGUGGAAAUGUGAAACAAAUGAUAUGGUGUUGAGUGUUUUGAUGGUGGAGGGUAUUCUGCUUACUACUUGAUUUAAGUGUAUCAGACAGCAGACUGGAAAAGACACUUGUCAGCAAAACCACUUAUUGUUUAAGAGGAAUUGAUGGUUGUGACGAUUUAAGCUGCUUACAUCUCUUUCGUUUGCCUUAAGAAAACAUUUGUGCUUUUUGUCUUGUUUCUUUCAUUCUCAUAAGGAUUUGUUUUUGUGCACCAUGUGUGGUUAUGAUGAUCAAAGUGGGCUCUAGGUUUAUCAAAGUUCUCUGUUCAGGGCCCAAUAGCAUUGUGUUUCGAUAAAGUUACUGUGCUUAUACUAUGAUAUAAUUCUCCAUGAUGCAAGAUAAACCUAUUAAGCUCACAGUUUAAAUGGACACCCCUGACUUUUACCCUAAAAUGACCUACUAUUAUUUCCUGUCUGCGAUUUGGGUCCAUUAUUGUUGUUUGAGUUUUGUUCUGAGGUAUACAUCAACAUUAGAUACUGGUAAUGUAGAUGAAUAGCAGUGAUAUACUGAAUGAUACUACGCCACCCCUAUAGCACAUUAGUACAAGCACAGUAACGAAUGAACAUAGGAAUAAUGGCAUUCCAUUUUGUUUGACUUCUAAAGCAUAAUGUACAGAUGUUCUUAGUGUCUCAGUUGCAAAUGGAGGAUCACAAUAGUAAUUGAAAAACAAAACUAUCUAACUGUAAAUAAAUGUAUGCAAAUGUAUAUGUUAAAAGAACAUUCCUCUUGGAGUCCUGAUUGUGAAGGGUGUCUGUUGACUGGAGGUCGCCGCCACAAGAUGGCAGUUACAUAUGAUGUAAUACAGAUUAAAAUAGUGUGGUGUAUGUGAUGUAUUAAAUGACAAAAAUGCAAAAAACUAAAAAACUGUUCAUUAUUGGUCUUUAAGUAAGUUGCAUUGUGUGAUGAAAGUCUGAAGUGCUUAAAAUGCAUUAAAAUCAGAUCAAAACUAAUUUUAUUGUAAAUUGAAGAGUUAAAAAAUAACCUGACAUUUUUGUAUAUAUUGGAAUUUUGUAAAUUUUUAUUUGAUUCUAAUGCAACACAAAGUACCUAAAUUAAUUGAAUAAAGUACACUGUGGUGAUUUUGUCAGCCUCCACUUAGUUAAUUUUGGUUUUGUUAGCACAGGUUGUCACAUGAUGUGUUUGCAACUCUAGAA